CAGAAUUUUGUUGUACUAUGGAACGUAAAGUGGCAAAAUUACUUAACUCAACUCUACAACUAAAGCAGUUCAAACAAGUACACGCUGUCAUCCUCACAAAUCGGCUGAAGCUUCAACCAUUGUUCACUCUGAAACUACUGCUUGCACCACAUUCCAUCGUCUAUGCUCGACAACUGUUCGAUAAAAUUCCUCAACCAAAUUAAUCUUUAUAUAACUCCAUUAUAUCUGCUUGUUCUAAACUUUCUUUAAAUAAUGAAACCAUCGAAAAGUUCAAGUCACUGCGCUGUAAAAACAUAUUAAUUGAUUGUUAUACUGUACCGCCUGUUCUACGAUCAUGCUCUUGUUUGCUAGAUGUUAAUAUAGGAAAACAGGUUCAUUGUUUGGUUAUAAGAUGUGGGCUGGAUUCAGCUGUUUGUGUUCAGACAGCUUUGAUUGAUUUUUAUGCUAAAAUGGGUGAUAUUGAUUCUGCUAAGCAAGUUUUUAAUGGGGUGGUUGUUAAAGAUUCUGUUUGUUAUAAUUGUUUGAUUUCUGGAUAUUCGAAGGCUGGUGAUGUUGAAAAGGCAAGAUUGAUUUUCGAUGAGAUGGAACAUAAGACUGUUGUUUCUUGGAAUUCUAUGCUUUCGUGUUACGCUCACAAUGGGGAUUAUUCUGAGGUGUUUAGGAUUUUUGAGAGGAUGCAGAUUGAGAGAUGUCGUGCUAACGAAUAUACUGUGGUUAUGCUACUUUCUGUACGUGCUAAACUUGGAGAUUUGGAUAUGGGGUGUAGGGUUAAGAAUUUUAUUGAUGAGAACAAGUUGUGUACUAAUAUUAGAGUUUCUACUGCAUUAUUGGAAAUGUUUGCAAAAUGUGGUGAUGUUGAUGAGGCACGGCGAGUGUUUAAUCAGAUGGUUGGGAGGGAUGUAGUUGCAUGGAGUGCAAUGAAUGCUGGUUAUGCUCAGAAUGGGAGAUCAAGUGAGGCACUAGAGCUCUUUGAACUAAUGAAGGGUCAACAGGUUAAGCCUAAUGAUGCUACCAUUGUCAGUGUUUUAUCUGCUUGUGCGCAACUAGGUUCUGUGGAAGCUGGCGAGAGCAUAGGAAGUUUUGUGGAGAGUCGGUGUUUGGAUUUGGAUCUUCGUGUGGCAUCAGCCCUUUUGGGUAUGUACUCAAAAUGUGGCAACAUUGAUAAAGCUCGGAAGGUCUUUGAGAAGAUGCCACAAAAAGAUGUUGUUACGUGGAAUAUAAUGAUUAUGGGGCUUGCAAUAAAUGGCUUUGCAGAGGAUGCCAUUGCUCACUAUGAGAAAAUGAAAGAUAUUGUGGUUAAACCAGAUGAAAUUACAUUUUUGGGAUUACUAACAGCUUGUGUACAUGCAGGGCUUCUUGAGUUGGGCCUUCACUUCUUCGAAAUGAUGAGGGGGUAACACGGAGUAUUGCCUAGGAUAGAGCACUAUGCUUGUAUUGUGGACCUCUUUUGCCCGUCUGGGAAACUUAAACUGGCAUAUGACCUUAUAUGUAAGAUGAAAGUGCAGCCGAAUGCUGUCAUAUGGGGCACUUUACUUGCUGCAAGCAAGUUCCAUAUAAAUGUGGAACUUGCAGAGAUCUGUGUCAAUAAGCUUGUAGAGCUGGAGCCUGAGAACUCUGGAAACUAUGUUCUUCUUUCCAAUAUUUAUGCCAGUGUGGGUAGAUGGCAAGAAGCCUCAUUGGUUAGAAACUUGAUGAAGGGAAAAAAAUUGUACAAAACAGCUGCAUAUAGUUGGAUAGAACUAGAAAACAGGGUACACAAAUUUUUAGUAGGUGACACAUCUCACAACAAAUGUGAUGAUGUCUACAACACUGCCUAUUGGUUGGCAUUGCAUUCAACUUGGCAUACACAUGAACCUGACUGUCACUUAGAGCUGUAAAAAUGAAUGGUGCUUGAUAUCAAAUAUUCCUACAAAUGCUGUUGUUUAGUAUGUCAAUCAAGUCUAUAUUUCUAGGCAAGUAGAAGAUGCUUCUCUCUUUAAGUAGUGUCAAGUAUAAUUGGUAUUUGAGGAAAUAAUGAACACGCGGUAUGGGUGAUCAGUUUUGUUCUUAUUGAUGAUGGCCACUGACCUUAUUUCCUCCUUUGUUGUGAAAUUUUUGGCCUGGAUUUUUUAACUGGAAUUUAAACUAGACCGAUCAGAGCUUUACCUCUACGGAAAAAGCUUGCUCAGCAUCCUUUUAAGUGUGUACUUUUAAGUCAAAACCAGUCUUGCCUAGGAGGUGGAAAACCUGAAGCU